AUGGCCCAAGAUAUAUGUAUCCGGAACACGGCUGGACCGGCGAAAGGACAAGCCGUAGCUCUCCGAGUGAGCGCUGAAGCGGUAGUCAUUCACCGUUGUCGAAUUGAGGCGUAUCAAGAUUCAUUGUAUGCUCAUUGGGGCAAGCAAUUUUAUAGUGAGUGCUAUAUCACUGGCACCGUAGACUUCAUAUGUGGACAUGCAACGGCAGUGUUUCAACAUUGUCAAAUUGAAGCACGGAAGCCGAAGUUUGGACAAAGCAAUGUGAUAACAGCCCAUUCACGUACCAACCCAAGUGAUAAAUCAGGGUUUUCAAUCCAAAAAUGCAACAUAACAGCAAGUUCCGAACUCGCGCCGGUUAGAGGAACUAUAAAGACCUAUCUUGGACGACCAUGGGGAAACUUCUCUAGAGUGAUAUUUCUAGAAUCGUUCAUGGAUGCUCUGAUUGAUCCAGCGGGUUAUAUUCCGUGGAACAAGAGCGAUAUCGAAACUUUAUCUACCUUAUCCUACAUCGAGUACAAGAACAAAGGUCUAGGAGCGGUUACAACCAAUAGAGUCCAGUGGAAAGGAUUUAAAGUUAUGACGGAUCCGAAAGAGGCGAUCAAAUUUACAGUUGGAAAGUUUAUAAAUCAAGAUUUUUGGUUGAAUUCGACUGGAGUCCCGUAUGAAGAUGGUCUCUGA